AAACAAAUUGAAAUAAAAGUUUAGAUAAAUAAUUACUUGGUAAAAAUAUUAUUUUCAAUCAUGGAUAGAUUUGAGUAUAUGGAAGCUCGCCUUUUCGAGGGUGAAAACUAUCUUAAGCGUGAUAAAAACGUGAAAAUAUACGAUGGUGACGACAAGACACAGUUUAUUGAUGGGGAAGUGGUACUAACAACUCAUAGAAUACUGUGGGGAAAGCCAGGUGAUAUACCAAAAGGACUUGUAUGUUUAUCCCUUCAUUUGUACUAUGUUUUCUUCAUUGAAGAAGAAAGUGGAGGUGUAUUUGGUCUUGGCGGCCCAAAACGGAUAAUACUGAAUCUAUCCCCAGCACUUCCAGGUAAAAGACCUGGUCCAGCUGUAGUAAGCACAUACCACUUCAUCAAGCUGUCAUUCAAGGAUGGCAUUGAUCCUGCAUUCUACAAAGCCUUACAAGAUGCCAUAGCUUCAAAAGCCUGGGAGAGACCAACUCCCAUAUCAUCUCCGAUGAGCUCCUCAAGUCCCAGUUCAACUCCUAGACCAUCUGUGACUCCAGUGAACUCUAAAAUUCGGUCUGGAAUUGUUGGUAUUGAGAGAAGCAUUGAAGAACAGCACAGAGCCACUGACCAAAGUAUAAGUGUGGCUUUUAAGGACUUAACUAAGCUUAUGGAAAAAGCUAAAGACAUGGUUGUCAUAUCCAAAAAUAUAUCUACUAAAAUCAGGGAAAAGCAAGGUGAUAUCUCUGAAGAUGACACAGUGAGGUUCAAAUCUUACCUGAUGAGUCUGGGUAUUGAUGAUCCAGUGACUAGAGACACUUUUAGGUCGGACUCUGACUACUACAUGGGUCUUUCACAGCAGAUUUCUGAUAUGAUGGUUGCUGUGUUGAUGGAAUGUGGAGGAAUUAUGUCAUUAGCUGAUGUAUGGUGCAGAGUGAACAGAGCCAGAGGCCUAGAGCUUAUCUCCCCCGAGGAUUUAUUGAAUGCUUGCAAAUUAUUACAAACGAUCGGAGCCCCGAUGUCACUUCGCAAGUUUCCUAGCGGCGCCUGCGUGAUUCAGCUAAACGGUCACAGAGAUGAGGAAGUAGCCAAAACUACAAGUGAAAUGCUGGAAGACAAUAAUUACCUCACUCCAGUGAAGCUGUCGCAGAUCGCAAACGUAUCCGUCCUCCUUGCACGCGAGCACCUGCUCAUCACAGAACGCUUAGGGCUAGCGUGUCGUGAUGAAUCCAUUGAGGGAUUAGCUUUCUAUCCCAAUUUGUUUUUGAAACAGGCUUCUUAAUAUUCAUAUUUAUAUAACCAUGUUAAAUAGUUUCUAAUAAAAAUACUGAAAAUUCA